UAUAAACGACGUCGUACCACAAUCACCACUCAUCUUCAUCAUCCACAAAUUUGUAUACACAAGCUCUCACACUCUUUUUCCAGCCCCAACAAGGAGUAAACAUGUCAAAUCUUUUAGGCUUUCAAGCACCAAUCUCCACUUCCACUGCCAACCCAUCUCAGCUAAACACCAUCUCAUCAUCCUUCAAUGCAGAACUGCCCCCAACUUUUCUCACAAUACCCAUCAUGUCCUCUUCAUCUCUCAUCUUCCUCACCUCAAGACCCACAAGACCCACCUCUCCAAACUUCACCAAAAAAAUGUUUUCAAGAAAAGUGGGUUGUGUACAAGUGGAGGAGCAAGCUGCUGAGGUUGAAAUAGCAGAUGGGUAUACUAUGACUAAAUUCUGUGAUAAAAUAAUUGAUUUGUUCUUGAAUGAGAAACCUAGGGUUAAAGAUUGGAGGAGAUAUCUGGUUUUUAGAGAUGACUGGAAGAAGUACAGGGAUCACUUUUACAAUCGAUGUCAUACGCUUGCAAUGUCCCAAACUGAUUCUGUUAUGAAGCAAAAACUUAUCACAUUGGGAAGAAAAGUUAAGAGGAUUGAUGAUGAAAUGGAGGGGCAUACAGAACUUCUGAAAGAGAUAGAGGGUAGCCCUUUGGACAUUAAUGCAAUAGUUUCCAAGCGUCGCAAAGAUUUCACAGAGGAGUUUUUCCGUCACCUCACUUUGCUCUCAGAAACAUAUGAUGGCUUGGAGGAUCGUGAUGCUGUGGCCAGACUUGGUGCUAGAUGCUUAGCUGCAGUUGGUGCCUAUGACAAUACAAUAGAUAUUGUGGACACUUUGGAUUCUGCACAGGCCAAAUUUGAUGAUAUUCUGAAUUCUCCAUCAGUUGAAGAGGCAUGUGCGAAAAUCAACAGUCUUGCGAAGGCAAAAGAACUGGACUCAUCUUUGAUCCUGUUAAUAAACAGUGCUUGGGCUUCUGCAAAAGAGUCUACAACCAUGAAAAAUGAGGUUAAAGACAUUAUGUAUCGAUUGUACCGAGCCACAAAGAGUAGUCUAAAGAGCAUUGAGCCGAAAGAAAUUAAGCUGCUCAAGUAUUUGCUGAAUAUCACAGAUCCUGAGGAGCGAUUCUCUGCAUUGGCUACUGCUUUUUCCCCUGGUGAUGAUCAUGAGGCAAGAGAUCCGAAAGCUGUAUACACAACUCCCAAGGAGCUGCACAAGUGGAUCAAGAUUAUGCUCGAUGCACACAACCUUCAUAAAGAAGAUACUGAGAUCAGGGAAGCCAAACAGAUGACCCCGCCUAUGGUUAUUCAAAGGCUAUUUAUCCUCAAAGAAACAAUUGAAGAAGAAUAUUUUCAGCAAAAUGCCAACCAAGAAAAUAAAUCAGAAAAUUCGGAAGAAUUGUAGCUUGAUCAAGUUUAGAUGUUAUCAUGCGUUGUACACUCUGGAGUAUCUGGUGAUCUCUUCAUUGUCAACUUUUGAAGGGGUUCUGUUUGCCUCAGUGAAGGUGAAGAAUAGACAUUAGUGCAUGUUCAGGUCAUGAUAUACUUGUUACUUCCUGAUGAGGGUCUCUAAUGUUCCAAGUUUCAUAUCUUGUAUCUAGCAUCUUGCCUAUUUGAAGCUCAAGGGGGAGAUGGUUUGAAAUUAGUAAUAGCAAUACAUAUAUGGCAUCAUUAUGUAUUAUGACCUAUAAACAGCAUAAGAUUUGUAAUUCUUGACUUUUAACAAUUGUGUAGAAGAAAUGUAAGCUGUCAUGCUUACAGAAUUUGUAA